AUGAUCGGGGACAGCCAGUCAAGCGCAAGUGCGAAAACUAGACAGGACCAGGCCCGGGACAUUCUAUUAAAGGCUAUGGUACCGUCACUUCCCAAGGAAGCGCCUUUGAAAGACAAGAAGGUCACUUCCAUUGGCACGGCUGUCAAGUCAAUCUAUCCCCGGAUUCAGAAUUUCAAGAUAACAGAAAAUCUUACAACAAGCGAUGCAGACAAACUAACACAGGAAAACAAGAACAUGGUGUUAUUAUCAUGUACAGUAUACCAAAAGCACCAUUUAAAAGCUUGCUCGCAUAGCCCUAAUUAA